GGGUCGCGCCAGCCCGCCUGGGGAGGGCGGGGUGGCCUGGGAGCCCCGCGCCCCCCGCGCGGCCCCGCGAUGGCCUCGUCGUCCUCCUCGGUCUACGACAACGCGGUCAGGGGCUCGCUGAAGCUGAAGGGAAAAGAUGGCCUCAUCGAGAUCGGGCAGAAAACCAGCAAGAAGAGGACUUGAAGUCCAAGCACCAGGAGGAGCUGGAGCAGCUCAAGGAGUUGGCGAGGAAGCAGGAGGAGGAGGACCGGACCAGCAGCUCGAGAAGUCUGCCAGGCGAGGCCCGACCAUGGCCGAGAAGUCCUUCGCCGUGGCCAAACAAGCGCGGACGAAGGCCAGGAUUAACGAGGCGAUAGAGCUGAACCACCGGCAGCGAAUGGAAAAGCUCAACUUGCACCUGGGAAGCUUGUCGGAGCACUUCGACAUUCCGAAGGUCGGUCCAGGCUGAGAGUUCGCACGCGCUGCGGCCAGGCGCGUCGGCGCGGCGCGACCCGCCCUGGGAGCCGGCGCUCGGGCGCAGCACUUGGGGCGCGGGGGGGGCCGCUGCUGCCGCGAGGGUUCGGGGGCAGAGAGCCGCUCCCCGAGCGGUG